ACUUUAUUAGUUAGUUAGUACGCCUGGUUAGUUUGUUAGUUAGUUUCUCAUCCAAACAUCCCCAUGGACACAAAGAUACAGACUAUUACUUCAAUUGUCACACAAACAACAUGCUACGAGUGCUAGACUUUGACAUUAAGUAAAACCCAUGAAAGCAAAAAAAAAUCAUAUUAUUUCUUCUCAGGUAUGCAAUACAAGAUGACCCGACAUCUACUCAGCAGACCAACUGUGUGCCAACUGUACAUCUACGCCUGCUGUCUUCUCUAUUCCUCCGCCCCAGUGUUCUCUUCAGACGUCAACAAGAGGUUCAGAGCGCGUUCUUCCACUUCUCUGAGUCUCCUGCCCAUAGGGACAUACAACGCUACGUCAGUCUCAGCGUGCGCAGUACGUUGUGUUUCCCGACACAACAGCCACUACUUUGCUUUUGACCAGGAGACAAACCUUUGUCAAUGUGCGCUGACCAUUGUCCAAGGUACGGUAUCUCCUUUACUUCCCUCGGAGCGUCUGUGGGAUCAAGUGUCAGACGAGCGAUGCAACAUGAGCGCAGGUUUCGCCAUGGCGGCUCUCCACAACCAACAACUGUGUCUGAAGGUGAUCUUUUCUGAACAAGUCAACUUUGCCACGGCGAGAGCGAGAUGUGAGGCUUUCGACAAUGGUCGUCUUUUCGUCUCCGACACAGUAGACAAGUUGAAUCUUCUCCGUCAGAUUCACGACGCUGUUAUGAAAGGUAGCAGGUUUAAUUUGUACGUGGGUAUGAACGACAUUGUAACAGAGGAUGAAUUCUACUGGGAAGAUGGGAGGCUGGUCACUGAGGAAGAGAGGAGACUGUUGUUUAAUCCAGGUCAACCAAGCAAUUCUGGAAAUGAAGACUGUGUGAUGUUUGCGUCACGUAUUCACAGGCUCAAUGACGUACCGUGUUAUUUUAAGUCCGGCUAUGUUUGUGAGAUACACGCAUAAUCUAGG